ACAACGCUUAGUUUGAAACAAAGCAUCAAAUAACACAUAUCAUCAUAUAAACCUGUGCGAAACACUUCAGCGAAAUUUCUCCAAUGGAACGUUGGCAAAAUAAAGUGGCUGUGGUAACGGGAGCUAGUUCGGGUAUUGGGGAAGCCAUAGUGAAGGAUUUGGUAAGGAAUGGCUUGCAAGUUAUUGGCUUGGCAAGGAGAUUGGAUCGCAUGGAAAAUAUCAAAAAGCAACUACCAGCUCAACAACAGAGAUAUUUGACUCCCAUGAAAUGUGAUAUUUCGGAUAGUGAAGCUGUAAAUCAAGUUUUUGAUAAAAUCAUAGCCCAAUUUGGAGGUAUCGACAUUAUGGUCAACAAUGCCGGUUGCAUGAAACUGGGCCAAUUGACCACUAUGGAUGCUGGUGUUAUUCAACAAGUUCUGCAAACCAAUGUCAUGGGUGUUAUCUACUGCACUCAGAGAGCUUUUCAAUCCAUGAAGGAGCGUAACGUUGCUGGCCAUGUCAUUAUCAUUAAUAGUAUAGCUGGCCAUGGUAUCGUGAGUAUGGGAAAUAUGCUUCCCGAAACUAACAUCUAUAGUCCUACGAAAUUUGCUCUAAGGGCCGCAACUGAGAUUUACCGUCAAGAGUUUAAGGGUUUCGGCACCAAAGUAAAAGUAACUAGCAUUAGUCCUGGUGCUGUGGAAACCGAAAUAAUUCCAGACAGCUUUCGAUCCAUGAUUGGCGAAAAUAUUUUAAGGUGUGAGGAUAUUUCAUCUGCUGCUUUGUAUGCAAUUUCAACACCUCCCAAUGUUCAGAUUCAUGAAAUGAUCAUCAAACCUGUGGGGGAGAUGUUUUAA